UGCAAGCCCACUCACUUGAAAACCAAUCUAGUCUAACUGUUCCAUCGUCUGCCCCUGGCUGCCAACCCACCAACAAGCUCCAUCCAGAGAGCCCUGUGCGACAGGAUUUCCACUUCAAUCCUGACGGCUGCCGACCGCUUAGCAAUUUCCUACGUUCGACUUCAGUACCAUAUGAGCUGCGCCCUUUCUGACCCACGACCCCCUCGAGCCGCGGUUAUUCCGAUUCUGAUCCGGAGCAUCUGCCGCCUGCCGGGCCCCCUCCGAGAACGGCCCUAGAAGGGCGCCCUUUCCCUAGCAACCGAGCGGCAACUCGCCGCCACAGAGCCGGCCAUGGCCAAUACAUCCCUCCGCCAACCGCAAAAGGGCUACCGCGGCCGCGGCGGCAAGAAGGCCUACCAUGGCGGGCGGGGCGGCGCGCGUACAUUCGCGGCGACGACGGGCGGCCGCGCCGAGGCGACGUCGUCGGACGAGAAGUGGGAGCGCGUGCGGCUGGCCCACGACAUCGACGAGAGCAUGGGCUUCGCGCGCUACGACGCCGGCCGCCGGCGCGAGGGCUGGCUCGUCAACGUGCAGCCGACCAGCAUCGAGGACGACCGCGUGCCUGGCGGCGGCGGCCGCGCCGCCAUCGACUGCUACUUCAUCGAGGAGGACGGCGGCACCUUCAAGGCCACCGUCGCCUACGACCCCUACUUCCUCAUCGCCGCCCGCAAGGGACGCGAGAGCGACGUCGAGGAGUGGUGCAAGCGCGUGCCCGGCGGCGGCGUCGUCAAGUCGGUCCGCCGGGUCGAGAAGGAGGACCUUAAGAUGCCCAACCACUUGCUCGGCUACAGGCGGACCUUCCUCGAGUUGAGGUUCCACAACGUGCAGGACCUGCUGGCCGCGAGGAAGGACAUCUUCCCCAUCGCGGAGAAGAACAAGAAGAACAUGGAUGCGAUGGAUACAUACGCCGAGGUUGCCGCCACCAAUGGCGAUUUUGACCUCUUCGACGACUCACGAGAACACGAUAAACGACUUAAUGUUUCCUUUGCCGAUUCCAGCGAUUUCAUUGUCGAUAUUAGAGAGUACGACGUUCCCUACCACGUCCGAGUAAUGAUAGAUAUGGAUAUAAGAGUGGCCAAAUGGUACUGGGUGGAGGCAAAACACGGGGUCACGACGGUGGUCUGCAAUGAAGAGCACCUGCCCAUGGCAGAUCCAGUUGUCAUGGCCUACGAUAUCGAGACGGCAAAAGCGCCCUUGAAAUUCCCCGAUCCGACCGUCGACCAGAUCAUGAUGAUAUCGUACAUGAUCGACGGCCAGGGGUUCCUGAUCACCAACAGGGAGAUCAUCUCCGAAGACAUUGCCGACUUCGAGUACACGCCCAAACCUGAAUACCCCGGUCCCUUCAUGAUCUUCAACGAGCCCGACGAAAAGGGCCUGAUCGAGCGUUUCUUCCUGCACAUCAAGGAGGCUCGCCCCACGGUCAUCGCCACCUACAACGGCGACUUCUUCGAUUGGCCAUACGUCGAUGCACGCGCCAGUUUCAACGGCAUUGACAUGUACCGCGAGAUCGGCUGGAGGAAGGAUACGGAGGACCAGUACAAGUGCAACUACUCGGUCCACAUGGACUGCUUCCACUGGGUCAACCGAGACAGUUAUUUGCCCCAGGGCAGCAGAGGUCUCAAGGCCGUCACCGUCGCCAAGCUCGGCUAUGACCCCGACGAGCUGGACCCAGAACUGAUGACGCCGUAUGCUAGCGAACGGCCGCAGACCCUGGCCGAGUACUCAGUCUCCGAUGCCGUUGCGACGUACUACCUGUACAUGAAAUAUGUCCACCCCUUCGUCUUCUCCCUCUGCACCAUCUUGCCGCUCGGCCCUGACGACACGGAGAGGAAAGGUACGGGAACGCUUUGCGAGAUGCUUCUCAUGGUGCAGGCGUACCAGAAGGGAAUCGUGCUGCCGAAUAAGCACGUGUCGGCGAAGGAGUCUUUCUGGGAUGGUCAUUUGCUUGACUCCGAGACCUACGUCGGUGGUCACGUCGAAAGUAUCGAGGCCGGUGUCUUCCGAGCUGACAUCCCGGUGAACUUCGCCGUCGACGCGAGCGCCUGCGAGGAGCUUAUUCGGGAUCUGGACGCCGCCCUGAAGUUCAGUAUCACGGUGGAAGAGAAGAAGCCGAUGGACGAUGUGACAAACUACGAAGAGGUCAAGGAGCAGAUCAAGGCGAAGCUCGAGGCCUUGAGAGAGACGCCCAACCGUCUUGAGAGGCCGCUGAUCUACCACUUGGAUGUCGCGUCCAUGUACCCCAACAUUAUGACGACCAACCGGCUGCAGCCAGACUCGAUGGUCUCAGAGUCAGACUGCGCUGCCUGCGAUUUCAACCGGCCUGGCAAGACGUGCGACCGGAGACUGCCUUGGUCCUGGAGAGGAGAAUAUCUGCCUGCAAAACGAGACGAGUACAACAUGAUCCGGCAUGCCCUCGAGAAUGAGAAGUUUCCUGGAAAGUACCCAAACUCUCCGAUGCGGACGUUCCAAGAACUUCCAGCCGACGAGCAGGCCACCCUCACUCGGAAACGCCUGCAGAUAUAUUCUCAAAAGGUUUACCACAAGAUCCACGACUCCACAAUCAUCGAGCGAGAGGCCAUCAUCUGCCAGAGAGAGAACCCCUUCUACAUCGACACGGUGCGCGACUUCCGAGACCGUCGGUACGACUACAAGGGCAAGGCAAAGGUCUGGAAAGGCAAGACGGAUGCGCUCAAGUCGUCGGGUGCAUCGGCAAGUGAGGUCGACGCUGCCAGGAAGAUGAUUAUUCUCUUUGACUCGCUCCAGCUGGCUCACAAGGUCAUCUUGAACUCCUUCUAUGGCUACGUCAUGAGAAAGGGAUCCAGGUGGUACUCUAUGGAGAUGGCCGGCGUCACCUGCUUAACGGGAGCCACCAUCAUCCAGCUGGCAAAAGUGCUGGUCGAAAGGUUGGGGCGCCCCCUCGAGCUUGACACGGACGGUAUUUGGUGCAUGCUUCCCGCAACCUUCCCCGAGAACUUCGCCUUUAAGCUCAAGAACGGCAAAAAGCUUGCAAUUUCAUACCCCUGUGUCAUGUUGAACCACCUGGUUCACGCCAAGUUCACCAACCACCAGUACCAGACAUUGGUAGAUCCCAAGACGUUCAAGUAUGAGACUCACAGCGACAAUUCCAUCUUCUUCGAAGUCGACGGCCCGUACAAGGCCAUGGUUCUGCCGACGUCCAAGGAAGAGGACAAGAAUUUGAAGAAGCGGUAUGCUGUCUUCAACGACGACGGCAGUCUCGCUGAGCUGAAGGGCUUUGAGGUCAAGCGCAGAGGUGAGCUGAAGCUCAUCAAGAUCUUCCAGCAGCAAAUAUUCAAGUUCUUCCUCGAGGGCACAACACUAGCCGAAUGUUAUGAGGCUGUGGCCACAGUUGCCAACCGGUGGCUGGAUGUUCUGGACAACAAGGGCACGACGCUGGCGGACGAGGAGCUUAUGGACCUCAUUUCGGAGAACCGAAGCAUGAGCAAGACCCUCGAAGAGUACGGCAGCCAGAAGUCGACAUCCAUCACCACUGCCAAGCGACUGGCCGACUUUUUAGGAGCACAAAUGGUCAAAGAUAAGGGGCUGAACUGCAAAUUCAUCAUCUGCGCCCGGCCCAAGGGCGCGCCAGUGACCGAGAGGGCCGUGCCAGUAGCCAUCUUCUCAGCAGACGAGGAGACCAAGCGGGCUUACCUGAAGAAAUGGCUGAAAGAGGAACCUCAGAACACCGAUCCUAGGGCGCUGCUCGACUGGGCCUACUAUGCGGAGCGUCUGGGCUCCGUCAUCCAGAAGCUGAUUACCAUCCCCGCUGCGCUCCAGAAAGUUCGCAACCCGGUUCCUCGCGUGCCUUACCCCGACUGGCUGCAGCGCAGGAUCAACACCAAGGACGACAAGAUGAAGCAGAAGAAGCUCACCGACCUCUUUUUCAGCAAGGGCCCCCUUGAGGACAUCACCAACACUGGGAGCCAGCGGUUGAACGACAUGGAGGAUAUGGGCAGCAAGCUGCUGCAGCCCAAGACAGUCAACUCCGUCAUUGCAGCCAGUCAGAGAACGACACAGAAGCGGAAAGAGCCCGAGCCGGCGGUACCCAUAGACCCCUGGGCAGCCCUGCCCAAGGUGAUGCCGAAUCCGUCGGUGGAUUAUAAGGGCUUUCUGGCGUACCAGAAGAUCAAGUGGAAGAUCCAGAAGCAAGCGCGGAUCCGUCGUCGGCACUUGUUUGGUGAUCGCCGCGGCAACGCGCAGAACACCAGCAUCCAGCAGACGUUUAGGGCGCAGGCCGAAGUCACAUUCCAAAACACGUGGCAGCUGCUCCAGCUCAAGAUGACGGACAACCCCGGCAUCGUGGCGGCGUACGUGCUGAUCGACAACAGGGUCCACUCGGUGAAGAUGAAGGUGCCCCGGCAGGUGUUCCUGAAUCUCAAGAGCCGAGAUCUGCCCGACGUCGAUGUCCCAGGGUGCCACGUGGAGCAGGUCAACCAUACCCUUCCCAACGGCCAUUCGUCAGUCCAUCUGUUCAAGCUGGUGGUGCCCGAGGACGUCUACGUUGCCGAGGCACAGAAAUUCUCGCUGCUUUUCAACCACCCCAGUGUCGAAGGCGUGUACGAGUCACAGGUUCCGCUCAACAUGCGCGCGGUGCUGCAGCUCGGCAACCUGUGCACUAUCGACGAGAGCCAGUCGGGUGUGCUGGGCAAAGGACUGGAUCAAGGAUUUGACCUGCCCAGCCUCAAGCGGCCUGUCAAGCCGCAACCAUACUUGGAGUCGGCCAAGAUGUCAUACAUCUACAUGUCCCACGUCAGCUCGGGCGAGCGCCAAAUCUUUGGCAUCUUCUCCUCUACAAGGGACUAUGCCCAUAUAAUCAUUCUCAACAAGAACAGGGACAGCGCCCAGGAGAUGCCCAACAUCACUAAACUAUACGGGGACCUGCUUGGCAAGCGCAAGCAAGAGGAGGAGGCCACCGGGGAGUCGACAUGGCAGGACUGCUUCGAAUACCAGGAACGCAUCACGUUCAAAACUACACAGGUCACGACACGGAGGAAGGCCUUCUUGGAGAUCAGCGACGUUGUCAGAAAGAUGCGCAAGGACGAGACGACCAGCCCAGUCAUGUUGGUGAUGCAGUCGUCUCAGCGCAACAUGUUGAUCCACGAGGUGCCCAUCCUAGCCGAGUUUCCGGUCCUGCCACUCAAGUCUGACCCGGCCGACAGCGCGCUCCCGCCUCUUGGUUGGCAGGGCGUGGUGGCCAGACGGCUCAUCAAUCACUACCUCAGCUUGGGCGCGUGGGUGCUGCAUCUGACGGCGCUGGCGAGGUAUGGCGACGUGCCACUAUGCAAUCUCGAGCGCGACGACCCCAGGUUCCUGAUCGACGUCGCGUACGCGCGGCGGCUCCAGGCAAAUGACGUUGUCCUCUGGUGGUCGCCGGGACCACGGCCCGACCACGCAGGCUACGAGAAGGACGACAUCGCGGGGCCCCUUGAUGUGGUGCAGAUGCCGUCAGUCAACAACCCGGGCACGUUUGCAUCGGUGUGCGUCGACAUAGAGGUGCGCAACCUGGCCAUCAACACGAUCCUGACCUCGUCCCUCAUCAACGAGCUCGAGGGCGCCGACUCGGUCUCAUUCAACCCCGCGUCGGACACGGCGGGCGUUGACGGGUCGGAGAUGUUGCAUUCGGAGAACGCGUUCGCCAACGCGGGCGUGCAGGUGCUCCGUGAGAUGGUCAAGAGCUGGUGGGCCGAGGCGUGCCGUGGCAGCACCAUGGCGGAUGUCAUGGUACAGCACCUGGUGCGCUGGGUCGAGAGCCCGGACUCGUUCCUAUACGACCGGGCUCUCCACUACUAUGUCCAGAUGAUGUCGCGCAAGGCGCUGCAGCAGCUCAUGUCAGACUUUCGGCGCGUCGGGUCACAGGUGGUGUUUGCGAGCUCGAACCGGCUGCUGCUGCAGACGACAAAGGGCGAGGUGGGCAACGCGUACGCAUACAGCCAGUACAUCCUCAAGUCCAUCAAGUCCAAGCCGCUCUUCCACUUCAUCGACCUGGAGAUCCGCGAGUACUGGGACUACCUGGUAUGGUACGAUCAGUUCAACUACGGCGGCAAGGCGUGCCAGGAGGUAGUCGAGGCCGAGACCCAGGACCUCGACACCAUCAUGCACUGGCAGAUGGCGACGUUCCUGCCGCUGCGACUGCAGCCCGUAUUCCAGGAGUGGGUCAUCGAGUUCAUCCAGCUGAUGCACUCGCACAAGCGGCCGGCGCUGGACGGCUCCACGCCGCGCCUGACGCAGCUGCCGAUUCGCAACAACGACGGUCUAGGCGAGGACGGCGAGGGCCAGAUGCUGCUGGGCAAGACGUUUGAGCGGCCGUUGAAGAAGGAGAUCGCGGGCCUGCUGGCGGCGCAGAAGCGCGAGCUGCUGCACCCGGAGCUGGCGUCCGACUACGACUUCCCGCAGCUCCCCGGGUCCCACCUGACCAACCUGCAGCCGACCUCGGCGGUGUUGGAACUGGUCAAGUGCUUGAUGCAGGUCCUCUCGCUCGACAAGAACAUCUCGCUCGAGGCGCGCCUCCUGCGCAAGGAGCUGCUCGCCAUGCUCGACGUGCGCGAGUUCAGCCGCGAGGCCGCGUUCCAGAACCCGUCCGAGUCCCUGCGGCUGGCGCAGGUCAGCUGCGACAGCUGCACCGUGGCGCGCGACCUGGACCUCUGCCGCGACGAGGACCUGCUGCCCGUCCCCGGCGAGAGCAGCACCGGCGGCGACAACAGGCCGUGGCGGUGCACCUUUUGCCAGGCCGAGUACGACCGCAACGCGCUCGAGGAGGUGCUGGUGGCGCAGGUGGAGGGGGCCGUGACCGAGUGGGCGACGCAGGACCUGCGGUGCGUCAAGUGCGGCGCGUCCAGGGUCAACGAGUUCAUGGAGCACUGCACCUGCAGCGGCGACUGGGGCCCGUCGACCAAGCGGGAGGACCUGGUGCGCCGGCUAAAGGUGCACCGGAACGUGGCGAAGUUCUACGGGCUGAAGAUGCUGGGGGACGUGGUGGAGGGGGUGUUUGCGAACAUAUAGGCGGGUGUGUUGUCUUUUCUGGAUUCUAUACAUGUGGGGUUUUGUGCUUGGGCUCUUGGGCAGUAUAUAGAGAUGUGUAGGCAGUCAAGUAUUUGCCCGGAACACUCGCGUUCUGAAUAUUCAGAAUGUUGUUGCUUUAUGUAUUUCCCCUUG